CCUGAGCUGAUGCAGACUUACUGGAUGCUCCAUUACAGCAAUGCUGAGACUGCAUUUACACAGGAGUGCAUGACUCUGCUUGGACUUAUGCCAGAAUCUGCCCUGUGUAAAGAACGGCAUCUUGGCUAAUGUAUCCGGAAACUAUUUUGUUCCAUUGAUCUCAUAAAUAAGUGUAAAAAAAAAAAAAAAAUACCACAAGAGAUGAGCUUUAAAAUCCAGCUUUAGAAACAUAUUUUUUAUUGCUAGAGGCAUCCUGAGAUAUCUGAACAAGAGGAGAGUCAAUGAGAAAGAAGCUGGAAAUAAAAAAAUGUCUUCUCCGGAAAUUACCAUUAUUCAACAAGAAGAAAUCACUUUAAGACAACAGCCUAAAAGAAUUGCGGAUUUAGUAUCCAACCUGAAGCACACAAAUAAGAUAAGACUAAGGAAAAGAGCUAAUUAUUCUCCAUUCAGUGGGGAGAAGCAGGAAAACCUAUCAUCUUGGAUUUCAGAAAACAUCAAAAAGAAGCAGUGUGUGUAUUUUGUGGAAAACCCUUGCAUAUCUGAUUUAGGGAAAAAUGUGUGCAUGUGUGGAUAUACCAAAGAACAACAUAUGGCUAUGGCGAUUAGAUCACAGUCUUUUGAAAGCAAAGAUUCAUGGAAUGUAAAACAGCAUAUAAAAGAGAUGCCUACAGAUGCUUUUGGAGAUAUCAGUUUUAUAGGACUAGGACCAAGAAUUGGGAAGCAGUAUGUGCGAGUGUCCUCUGACACCCCAUCUGAUGUCCUUUAUCACCUUAUGACCGAGCAGUGGGGUCUGGAAGUACCCAGCCUUUUAAUUUCAGUAACGGGAGGCGCUAAGAAUUUUCGCAUGCAGAUGAGACUGAAAAAUAUUUUUCGGCGUGGCUUAGUGAAAGCAGCACAAACAACAGGUGCUUGGAUUAUAACUGGAGGCUCACAUGCCGGUGUAAUGAAGCACGUUGGAGAAGCAAUAAGAGACUAUAGUAUUGGAAGCAUUAAAGACAGUGAAGUUGUUACAAUUGGUAUAGCCACAUGGGGAAUAGUUCAUAAUCGUAGCAGUCUGAUAUCUGCAACAGGAGCAUUUCCAGCUGAGUACCUACUAGAUGAGGAGAACCAAGGAAAUCUGUCAUGUCUAGAUAAUAACCAUUCCCAUUUCAUUCUUGUGGAUGAUGGAACAAAUGGAAAAUAUGGAGUGGAAAUCCUUCUCAGGACCAAGUUGGAGAAGUUCAUUUCAGAACAAACCACAGUAAAAGGAGGAGUUGCAAUUAAGAUUCCAAUUGUUUGUGUAGUUCUGGAGGGAGGGCCCGGUACCCUUGAUACAAUCUAUAAUGCGAUUAGUAACAACACUCCCUGUGUGAUAGUGGAAGGAUCAGGGAGAGUGGCGGAUGUGAUUGCCCAGGUUGCCCACCUUCCUGUUUCAAAAAUCACCAUCUCUCUUAUUCAGGAGAAACUGCGAACUCACUUCCCUGAUACAUUUGACACUUUUACAGAGCAAAAGAUUGCUGACUGGACCAAAAAGAUUCAGGAUAUCAUGAGACACAACCAGCUUCUCACUGUCUUCCAAGUGGACAAAGAUGACCAGCAUGAUAUCGAUGUUGCUAUUCUUCAAGCUUUACUUAAAGCAUCUUUAGGUCAUGAUCAUCAAGGUCAUGAAAACUGGGAUCACCAACUGAAGUUGGCUGUAGCUUGGAAUAGGGUUGAUAUAGCAAGAAGUGACAUUUUUACAGAUGAACUUCAAUGGAAGCCCUCAGAUUUGCACCCACUGAUGACAGCAGCAUUGAUUGGCAAUAAGCCGGACUUUGUAAAGCUUUUCCUUGAACAAGGGGUCCGUCUAGAGGAGUAUGCCACUCAGGAAACAAUAAUUAACCUCUACAAUAAUACCGAUCCAUCCUGCCUAUUCUAUAGUAAACUUGCAAAGGUUAUUGAAGAUGAACGGUUACGAUUAGAAGACUCCAAUAAUUUCAAACUUCAACUUCAUCAUGUGUCACAAGUCUUAAGGGAACUAUUGGGGGACUUUACAAAGCACCUAUAUCCAAAGCCAAAGAAUGCAGAAAGGCCUCGUGUAUCUAUUGCGGUUCCACAUAUAAAAAUAAAUGUACAAGGAGUUACUCUUAGAUCUUUUCACAAACGAUCCCAAAGCCGUGCACCAUGCACUAUGGAUCCAGUUAGAGAUGUUCUAAUCUGGUCUGUUGUUCAAAACCGAAAAGAAGUUGCGGAAAUCAUAUGGACUCAGUGUCACGACUGCAUUGCAGCAGCAUUGGCUUGCAGCAAACUUCUAAAGGAGCUUUCAAAAGAAGAAGAGGACACCGAUACUUCUGAAGAGAUGCUUUCCGUAGCUGAAAACUUUGAGCAGCGAGCAAUAGGUGUUUUUUCUGAGUGUUACAGAAAAGAUGAAGAGCGAGCUUUAAAGCUUCUUAUUCGGGUUUCUGAAGCCUGGGGAAAGACCACAAGUUUAAAAUUGGCCUUGGAAGCUAAAGAUAUGAAAUUUGUUUCCCAUGGGGGAGUCCAGGCAUUCCUUACAAGAGUGUGGUGGGGAAAGCUUUGUGUUGACAAUGGUCUAUGGAGAGUGAUACUCUGUAUGCUAUUCUUUCCUCUUAUCUAUACUCGCUUCAUAACGUUCAGGAAAGAUGAGGAAGUCUUUCAAAACCAUACAAAGAAAGGAACAAUUAGAAAUAUGAUAGCUGUGAAAUCUGCAUUGAAUGAAAGAGACAAAACAACUUUUACAACUACUCCAUGUGGGGCCAAAAAGAUGCAAGCGAUGACCUGCACUGAGCGUCUUCAAGCUUUCUUCAUGGCACCAAUUGUCAUCUUCCACUUGAACAUUUUAUUUUAUUUUGGAUUCCUUCUACUCUUUGCCUAUGUACUCAUGAUUGAUUUCCAACCCUAUCCUUCAUGGAGGGAGCAUGUUAUCUAUUUCUGGCUCUUCUCCCUUGUUUGCGAGGAGAUAAGACAGGUAAUAUAUGACCCAGAUGGAUUUGGAUUUCUGAGACAGGCUUCGAUAUAUAUAAAUGACUUCUGGAAUAAAUUAGACCUCUGUGCAAUUACUAUCUUCGCCGCUGGCCUAAUUUGCAGGUCAGUGCCAGCUACGUUCUAUCCUGGAAGAAUCAUCCUGUCAUUAGACUUUGUUAUUUUCUGCUUACGCCUCAUGCAUAUUUUUACCAUCAGCAAAACACUUGGGCCAAAAAUUAUAAUUGUGAAGAGGAUGAUGAAAGAUGUCUUCUUUUUUCUGUUCCUUCUGGCUGUGUGGGUUGUAUCUUUUGGAGUGGCUAAACAAGCAAUUUUGAUCCACAAUGAGGUCAGAGUGGACUGGAUAUUUCGUGGAGUUGUGUACCAUUCGUACAUGACAUUAUUUGGGCAGAUACCUUCCUAUAUAGAUGGUGUAAACUACAGUCCAGACCAGUGUACCAUUAAUGGAACUGACCCAAAUAAGCAGAAAUGUCCAGAAACGAAUGAUGACAAUAACCAGACAGCCUUUCCUCAGUGGUUAACAGUGAUAUUGCUUUGUCUCUACUUGUUAUUUACCAACAUCCUACUUUUAAAUCUCCUGAUUGCCAUGUUUAACUACACAUUUCAAGAAGUCCAGGAACACACUGAUCAAAUCUGGAAGUUCCAACGACAUGAUUUAAUAGAGGAGUACCAUGGGCGGCCUCCUGCACCACCACCUUUCAUACUCUGCAGUCACAUGUAUCUAUUUAUUAAACAAGUCAUUCUCCAUGAACCAGCUGGAAGACAGAAGCAACUAAAAGAAAAGUUAGAAAAGAAUGAAGAAACUGCACUUAUUUCUUGGGAAACAUAUCUUAAGGAAAAUUAUCUACAGAACCACCAGCACCUUCAGAAGCAAAGCACAGACCAGAGGAUUAAGGACACAUCUGAAAAAGUUACUUCAGUGUUAGAGAUGUUGGAACUGGAACAGGCAAAAAGAACUGGGUUGAUGGAGAACAAGCUGCUUUUCUUGGAAGAACAGGUACUAAGGUCUGCUAAAGCUUUGAACUGGAUUGUUAACACAUUGCUGGAAAAUGGAUUUGGCGCGAAGGAGUCUGCCCCUGUCAUUGUAUCCAGUAAAUUUGAUGAAACUGAUUUAAGGGAUACCGAGGACUCUGUUAAAAUAGAAAGCCAUGUCAAUGCACGGGAUAUUUGGUAUCCUAAUUCUAACAUCACUCGAUUUCCUGUUCCUGAUGAAAAGGUUCCAUGGGAGGUGAACUAUAAGAUUUAUGAUCCUCCUUUUUACACUGCUCUAAGAAAAGAUAAAAAGUAUUAUGACCCUAUCAAUGAUUCCUUGGAGACCCUUUCAAAAAUCAAUUACAAUACUAUGGAUGGAAACAUUAACCGUCAAAGCUUUUGCGCACCUUAUGAGGUUAUAGAUGGACUGCCUCUGAAUCCAGUUGGGCGGACUGGUUUGAAAGGAAGGGGAAGUUUAUGUUGGUUUGGUCCAAACCAUGCAUUGCAUCUUAUAAUAACCAAGUGGAGAAGAAAUAAAGAUGGAUUAAUAUGUAGAAAGAGGUCAAGGAAAAUGCUGGAAACCUUAGUUAUAAAGAGCAAGCCAUCAGAACACUGGGCCCUACCUGGGGGGUCAAUGGAGCCUGGAGAAGCAUUACCUUAUAAAUUAAGGAGUAUCUUACAAUGUGACUUUUGGUUAACUUUUCAAAACAUGCUGGAAAAUGGUGUUGAAGUAUACAAAGGAUAUGUUGAUGAUCCUAGGAAUACAGAUAAUGCUUGGAUAGAAACAACUGCCAUCAGCUUGCACUUUGAUAACCUAGAUGACCCUCACCUACAUGAAUUAAAGAAAAAUUUACAGAUGCAUGAUCAGGAGAUUUUUGUUCGAUGGCAAGUGGCUGACCAGAAGAUAUCACUUUAUGCAAGCCACAAAUAUAUCCUUCAGAAAGCAGUGGGUUAUUACCAUGCUUACUAUUAAUAUCUUUGUCCGAUGAUACUGUAAAACAUGUUUUAGUUUUAAUAAGGAUAAAGAAAAUACAUAUGUUUUUUAAAACAAUUAUUUCAAAAUGUACAAAUAUUAAAUAUGUACAAAAUAUUAUUUUACUUUACUUUUUAUCCAAUCAGGAAGACAAGGUUUGGAUUGUCACUUAUAGACACGUAUAAAUUCUUAUAUCUGACAGUGUUAGUAAAUUAGCCCCAUGAUUAACACUACCAAGACUCUAAUAAAUUCAAACAUACUCACAACUCGAACGAGAA